AUGGACUCCAUUUUUCAUUUUUAUUCAUUAAUUUAACAGUAGUUUAAAUUGUCUAUAUUAAGAGAAAUUCAGAAACCUAAACCCGAAAAAUCCAGUUUUCUCCCUCCAGUUUUCUCGGAGACUCUUCCGCGCUUCGUAUCCCGACGGUUUUGUUGUUGAUUUUAUUUUCCUUGACCUGGGUUUUGUUAGAUCUUGGCGAUAAACAUAUUAAAGGUCAAGAAGAUAAAGGGAAAACCCUAAGGGUUUCUUGGGAAACGGGCAACCAUUAUUUAUGAAGGAUUCUAAGGCAAUUUAUUGAACAAACUAACGAUUCGAACAAAGAUCCAUUUUUGGUCUUAAUUUGUGGUCCUCAGAUUAAGACCAAUUGAGAGACUUUCUGCAGAAUCCCCACGGUUUGAUUGUAGUCUGUGUCAUAAUUAACCUCUAAUCACAAGAAGAAGACAAAAAGAGAUUAAAGUUUUCUUGAGAAAGGGUUCUUCGCAAGGGAAAGGAAUUAGAGGAGAAAUGAAUUGCUUUUCAUGUUUUUAUUUCCAUGAAAAGAAAAAAGCUCCCAAAGAUUCAGAUAACGGCAACCGGAGAAAUGGUGAGUUGACCGGCAGAGACAACAACAAAACACACCCUGAGAAUCCAAAGCCUAACAAGACUGAAAAUGAGCAGAACAAGAACAACGAUGCAGACAAAGAAGUGACAAACAACAUAGCUGCGCAAACAUUCACCUUCAGGGAGCUUGCCACUGCGACCAAGAAUUUCAGACAAGAAUGUCUGAUCGGUGAAGGCGGUUUCGGAAGGGUUUAUAAGGGAAAACUCGAAAAGUGUGGCAAGAUUGUGGCAGUGAAACAAUUAGAUAGAAAUGGGCUGCAAGGGAACAAAGAGUUCAUCGUGGAGGUCUUGAUGUUAAGUCUAUUGCAUCACAAGCAUCUCGUGAAUCUCAUUGGGUAUUGUGCUGAUGGAGAUCAGAGACUUCUCGUCUAUGAAUACAUGUCUCGUGGUUCACUCGAAGAUCAUCUCCUCGAUCUAACACCGGACCAAGUACCGUUGGAUUGGGACACAAGGAUUAGAAUCGCGCUAGGAGCCGCGAUGGGUCUUGAAUACUUGCACGACAAGGCAGAUCCUCCGGUGAUCUACAGAGAUUUGAAGGCAGCUAAUAUCCUUUUGGACAGUGACUUCAACGCCAAGUUAUCCGAUUUUGGGUUAGCAAAGCUAGGUCCUGUCGGGGACAAACAACAUGUGUCUUCCAGAGUUAUGGGAACUUACGGAUACUGUGCUCCAGAGUAUCAGAGAACCGGUCAGUUAACCAUUAAAUCUGAUGUUUAUAGCUUCGGAGUUGUGUUGCUAGAAUUGAUAACUGGACGAAGAGUUAUUGAUACGACCAGACCCAAAGCUGAACAGAAUCUUGUGACUUGGGCACAACCGGUGUUCAAAGAACCAAGUAGAUUCCCGGAGUUAGCGGAUCCAAGUCUGGAGGGAGUGUUCCCGGAGAAAGCUCUUAAUCAGGCCGUGGCGGUGGCGGCAAUGUGUUUACAGGAAGAGGCGAUGGUACGGCCACUGAUAAGCGACGUCGUAACCGCUCUAGGAUUCUUGGGAACCGCUCCUGAUGGGUCCAUCUCUGUUCCACGCUACGACGAAGUUGCUCCUCCUCAGCGGUCGGAAGGAACGUCCGGUGAGGAUUCUGCGGCGGCGGAGGAACGGGAAAGAGCCGUGGCAGAGGCAAUGGAGUGGGGAGUUGCUUCAAGAGCACACUCUAGGGACCCAAGUGCAGCACCUUCCCUAAACCCAAGUGCCGCACAUUCCCGGAACCCAAGUGCUUCUUGAUUUUUAUUUUUCUACAUCUUUUUGUCUUCUCGAUUUUUAUCUUGGAUUUGAUUGUUUAUUUUCUUUUUUCUUUGGACUUCGUUUUAAGUUUCAGAGAGUUAGUGAUAGAAUUUGUUACCUUCUUCCUUGUAUCGUAAUGUUCUGUAACUUCUGUUUAAUCAAAUGUGUAUAUUACAGCUGGGUUUUCGUAGCUCGAGAAUGCAAUUUUUCAU